CCUGACGCCCCUGACGGUGAGCACGGUGAGGGUCUGUGUUUUGAACAACGGCAAAGAAGAGGAUGUUACUGGUGUUAUUUGAGUGCUCUGAAGCAAAAGAGUGAAUAUUUGUUUCUUUGAACAUGGAAGCAUUGAUACCUGUAAUAAAUAAAUUACAAGAUGUAUUCAAUACUGUUGGGGCUGAUGCAGUUCAGUUACCUCAAAUUAUUGUUGUUGGAACUCAGAGUUCAGGGAAGAGCUCCGUCAUUGAAAGUUUAGUGGGUCGCUCCUUUUUACCCAGAGGCACAGGCAUUGUAACUCGACGUCCUUUGAUUCUGCAGUUGGUAUACUGUCCUAAGGAAGACAGGGAGCACAGAACAGCUGAAGAAGGUACAUUGGACAUAGAAGAAUGGGGAAAAUUUUUACAUGUCAAGGGUAAAAUCUUCACAGACUUCAAUGAAAUAAGAUCAGAGAUUGAUAGAGAAACUGAAAGGAUGGCAGGACACAACAAAGGAAUUUGCCCAGAACCAAUUAAUCUUAAGAUUUUUUCAACACGAGUUGUAAACCUUACUUUGGUUGACUUGCCAGGAAUCACUAAGGUACCUGUGGGUGAUCAACCAGAAGACAUUGAGUCUCAGAUUCGAGAGCUCGUUUUGAAGUACAGUUGCAAUCCCAACUCAAUCAUCCUGGCAGUGGUGACUGCUAACACAGACAUGGCUACAAGUGAGAGCCUGAAAUUGGCCAAAGAAUGUGAUCCAGAUGGCAGAAGGACAUUAGCUGUAGUUACGAAACUAGACCUGAUGGAUGCAGGUACUGAUGCUAUAGACAUUUUGUGUGGGCGUGUGAUCCCUGUAAAACUUGGAAUAAUUGGAAUUGUGAAUCGAUCACAGCAGGACAUAAUGAAUAAUAAGAGCAUUAAAGAUGCCUUAAAAGAUGAAGCAGCUUUUCUGCAGAGAAGAUACCCAACCUUGGCAAACAGGAAUGGCACACCCUACCUUGCUAAAACUCUGAAUAGGCUUCUUAUGCACCACAUCCGGGAUUGUUUACCAGAUUUGAAGACUAGAGUGAAUGUCAUGGUGUCACAGUUUCAGUCAUUGCUCAAUUCCUACGGGGAAGACGUGUCAGAUAAAAGUCAAACAUUGCUUCAGAUUAUCACCAAAUUUGCUUCAGCAUAUUGUUCUACCAUAGAAGGUACAGCGAGAAACAUUGAAACAACAGAAUUGUGUGGAGGUGCCAGGAUAUGUUAUAUAUUUCAUGAAACAUUUGGAAGAACUUUAGACUCAAUUCAUCCUCUUGCUGGUCUGACAAAAAUGGAUAUUUUGACAGCUAUUAGGAAUGCUACUGGACCAAGGCCAGCAUUGUUCGUUCCUGAGGUUUCAUUUGAACUACUUGUAAAACGGCAGAUCCGCCGUCUUGAGGAACCAUCACUGCGGUGUGUGGAGUUGGUUCAUGAGGAAAUGCAGCGAAUUAUCCAGCAUUGUGGUACAGAGGUUCAGCAGGAAAUGUUGCGCUUUCCUAGACUGCAUGAACGGAUUGUUGAUGUUGUUACUCAUCUGUUGAGGAGGCGGUUGCCUGCAACAAAUGUUAUGGUGGAAAACUUAGUAGCGAUUGAGUUAGCAUAUAUUAACACGAAACAUCCUGAUUUCCACAAAGAUGCAGCACUGGUUUCUUCUCUUCUUAAGUCCGUGGAAGAAGAUGAAAGACUCCAGCGACCAGCCAGCAAAAGAAAUAAUCCUUCACAUAUGAGUCAGAUCUCUGCUUCAGUUGGCGAUAUAGAGAAAGAUGUGCCAAAGAACCAUACAAUUAAUCGAUACAACCAUGAACAGGUCACAAAUGCAACAACAUGGUUUUCAAACUAUUUGCCUACGGCUCGAUCAGAAAGAGAAGCAGCGUCUUCAGAAAGCUCACCAAGUAUGACACCCACACAUCAAAAUGAUGGAAAAGGUGUGCUUAGUCCACAGAAACCUGUAAAUUUGCUACCAGAAGUUCCAAUGCAGACAAGCAGGAAACUAUCUGAUAGGGAGCAGCGCGACUGUGAUGUUAUAGAGCGGCUAAUUAAGUCAUAUUUCUACAUUGUACGUAAAUCAAUCCAAGAUAGUGUUCCAAAAGCUGUGAUGCACUUUCUUGUCAACUUCGUGAAGGACAAUCUUCAGUCGGAGCUGGUGACUCACUUGUACAAAUCAGACCAGGUGGAGGAACUCUUGAAUGAAUCAGAACACGUUGCACACCGUCGUAAGGAGGCUGCUGAUAUGCUGAAGGCUCUCCAGCAAGCUGGGCACAUCAUUAGUGAGAUCCGUGAGACGCAUAUGUGGUUGCCGUGUUUAUGAUAUACCAUGAAGCAAACUGUGUUCACGUUCUAGUCAUUGUUAUCAACAGCAUCUUUCAGGUAAUUUUGUUGGCCUGCAAGCUGAGGGAGGCAGGCACAUACAGCAUGGCUGACAGAUCUUAAGCUCCGGAAAAUAUAUGAACUUUGAGUGGAGAUUCCACUGCCACUACCAUUUUUGGAAAAAAUCUCUUCCCUCUCAGCUAAGCCUCAGUCCCUCCCUUUUUUCUACUGACCAUGAUUACCUUGCUGUUUACCCUGUUGAACUGGAUAUGACUGAAUCACUGGGAUGAAAUCUGGUAUAUUAACAUGUCACACAGUUGCCCACAAUGGGGGAAGAAAUGUUAUUCUUAAAGGAAUAUUGUUUUGUACUGAGGAGAAAAUGAAAUUGGCAGUCGUUUUGAAGUGUAUAUUAAAACUAUAUGAUCUGGCCAGUGAAGCUUGCUGAAGCAAUACUAGAACUGCAUGGCUGGAGAAGUGUGGUGAAGUUUUCCCUAGUUGAGAAGACAAACCCAACACUCUGACCUGUACUGCAGUUUUUAGAUAUGAUGAUUCUUUAGUAAAUUGUUAGUGCUGUAGUGUAAUGUAGCUAUUGAAGUGCAGUUGUGGUAUGUAGUGUACCAUUAAAGUCUAGAACAUCAAAGUAAACAUCCAGAGGUUGUGAGUUUGAAACUGGCUCUUGUUUUGGUUUUCUUUGUUUCACUUAGAUUAUUCCCUAGAUGUUCCACAAAACAUUUUUUUUUAAAUUAACAUUGAGUUUUAGACUGUUUUGAGGGAGAGUCUGUAAAUAGAUCACAAAUGGGUAUAAAACGUAAAAUAUAUGAUAUUCAUACCUGGAAAAAACAAAUUCUUGACAUGUCCUCCACCAACAUUGAGACACUUGUCCCAUUGCUUUACCAGCGCGUCGAAAGUCUUUUGACUGUCGUCUCAGCUACUACCACACCUCCAUUUCAGCCUCAUUGUCAUCAGUGAAAUGUUUUCCACCAAGGUGAUUUCAUAGCAGACCAAAUGGGUGCAAGUCACUAGAGACCAAGUCCAGGCUCUAGGGCAGAUGUUAAGAAGCUCCCACUGUAGUUCUUGAAUUUCCUCCUGGGUUUCUCUGUUUGUAUGGAAUCUGACAUUGUCAUUUUCCUGAAAUUUCACAGUACGAUGCAGAAUUCACAUUUAAACCACACUUCUGAAAAUAGGCUAACAGUACUCCCUGGGAAUCCCAAAAUAUGGUAAGCAUAACCUUCCCAGCUGAUGGCAUAACCGUCAACUAUUUGGUUGAAUGUGAACUGGGAUGUUUUGACUGCAUUGAAGUACACUUUGAUUUGGGUUGAUGGUUGGUGCACCCAUGAUUUUUCCCCACAACAGUCCUGUUAAGCACAUCUCCUUCAUCUACAUACCAUAAGAGAUGUUGCAAGGAGAGACCCAUGUGGUUCAUUUUUGUUGAUCCUUCUGUUCUCUGGGCACCCACUGUUUGCACAUUUUUUUGAAACUUAAAUGAUCGUGCAUUAUGCUGUAUGCUAAACCAUGGGAACACCCUAGUGCAGUUGCUGGACUGUGUAUCGUUAUCCUCCUCUGAGCUUGAAUCAACUUUUCCACCCACUGCACAUUUGCUUUGGUCAUAAUCUUGACAGGGAGACCUGGUUGGGCAUCAUCUGCAACUUGAACGCCCUUGAGAGAAUUUCUCAACCCAAUUGUGGACCACUUUAUGCAACAAAUACUUCCCACUGUAAACAGGAAACAUUUCUUCAUGAAUAUCCUUUGCAUUGAGUCCUUUUCCCCCAUGACAGAACAGCGCCCUUCAGAAGUUUACUCCUGAAGCAUGGUCACCAUUUUGACUACUGAAACCAGUCUCUGAACAUGUGCAUGCACGUCUGCUACCUAAACUGUCAUGAAGCUG